AGAAGAGGGAAAUUUGCUCCAGGUCGAUGGCCUUUCGCCCAAGCAGCCAGCCGCGGCCCACCGCAAGGGAGGAAGGAAGAGGCGCGUGCCCCGGCGGCAGCCAGGGCCAGCGGGCAGUCAGAGCUCCUCUCGUCCCCUAUUAAUAAGACGCCGUGCGCGUGCUGGCCACCUCACCACCCACCCCCACACACCACCAUCUCGCGAUCCCAAAGUCCAACCGGCCGCCGCCUCCACCUUCCCCCGCGAGAUCAGCGUACCCCGCAGCCGUCCCCUCCACUGCCCCCGCCCGUCUCGCCGAGAAGGCCCAGAGGAGCAAGAUGUCAACCGCCACUGCUCCAGGAGUGUCCUUUGCUAAAUCUGGGGCUGGUUCCCGGGCCAUUGCUCCAGCGAUCAGGACCCCUUCCUUCAUCGGUUACUCGAAGCAAACGCCAAGCCUGCCAGGCCUAAGGAUGUCAAACAAGUUCAGGGUGUCUGCGACUGCCGUGCACAAGGUGAAGCUCGUAGGCCCGGACGGGGAAGAGCACGAGUUUGAGGCCCCUGAAGACACCUACAUUCUCGAGGCAGCUGAAACUGCCGGGGUGGAGCUGCCAUUCUCUUGCCGCGCCGGAUCGUGCUCCACUUGCGCGGGCAAGAUGACCACCGGGGAGGUCGAUCAGUCGGAGGGCUCCUUCCUCGAUGAGAACCAGAUGGGCGAGGGAUACCUUCUGACCUGCAUUUCAUACCCCAAGGCGGAUUGCGUCAUUCACACCCACCAAGAGGAGGAACUCUACUAAUGGCCUCACAUAAGCUUCUGUGACACAAUUGUUGAAGCUGCAUGGUGGAUUCGUUGUUCGGUUACCUUCUGUUAUGUAGAGAUGGCUAGGUGUCCUGGCGAUCAGUCCGGUCUUUUGAUGAGAUCGUUCUAUAUGAGUUGUGAGCAAUAAUUGAUGUAAAAUGGUUUAUCAGUUGAAACUGCGUUUGUUCAGGCUGCAGCAAUUCGAACUACCAUACACUGUUGGGAGUCUUGAGAAAACAUGUUGUACUUGUGGGUCUAA